GCGAGCGGCCCUUGGCCCUGGCGUUCACAUCGCCCUGGGUGGGUCGGAGGGUUCUGCGCAAGACCCUGCCAUGCUGCCAUGCUGCCAUGCCCUGCCCUGGCUUCUAGGGCUUCGUGGUAGCUAAUGUCCUGUACUGUUCAGUAGCUAGGCAAAUGGGGGGCCGGUCUCGAUUGGCCUGGACAGCCUGCACUGCACUGCACUGCUCUGCUCUGCUCUGCUCUGCUCUUCACUGCACCCUGUCGAGAAGAAUGCACCAGGCGAUGUCCUGCUCAUUCGUUUCCUUGGUUGUGCCCGGGAGCCCGUCUCUUCCUAUCUACCCUCGAGCUACCUACUCUUGUUCUUCCUUUUCCCUCCAUUUCCAUUUCCAUUUCCAUGUUCCAUGUCCCUGUCCCUGUCCCGUGGCCUCUUCUGACUUACAUGACUUACAUCACACGGGAUCUUUCUCAUCCAUGUGCCUGGCGAUCUUUCCUCUGCCCUUCGCGUCUUCCGAGAGGCAAGCUACUCCAUCCCCAGAAGCCCUCUUCAUAACGUCCCGAGACUCUGGCUCUGAAACUUUGUCUCUUCUUCUGGUUCCUACUUACCUGCGGCUGUGUCUCUCCAUCCUUGUCUAGCGGCACUCUUUCUAUAUACGUCUCUGCUCAUUCAACGUCCCUGUCGGACUACUACGGCUCGGUUCGAAUCUCUCCGGCGCACACCACCGCAUUUGUCCAAGAUAUUUUAUCUCUGAAGUCACUGCUCUCUCACUGAUCUUCAAUACACUUGAACGGCUUCUUGUUCUCCCGUUGUCAACUCAUCCAAACUUAGCCACCUGCGCCUCCCCCACAUCUACUGCUCUCUCAAAGUCCAUUCGACGUCGCAUUAGAGAGUGCUAUCUUUCAGGAACAGAAAGUUUAUUUUCAGUUGUAUUCGCCACCCACGCAUGACCUAUCCCCAGGUAUUUUAGAAGAUUAAUACAGAGUUCGAAGAAACAGAAAAGCAGAAGCUUGAAGAGUUCUGGGGACAAUUGCCGACGAUAUACGAAGGCUAUAUGGGAGACAUGUCUGGUACAUCGCCAUCUGGCGACUUUUCGCACAACCCGCAAGGACAGAGACACAAUACGACACAGAACUCAAACUCUCAGUACAGUGAAAAUGAAGGAGGUCGAGGAUUCCAGGGUGCUUCGCAUCCCAAUGGCACUCAACAAUAUUCACAAGCUCAAUCAGACCCAUUCGGCUUGACAGCGCUCGCGAACUCAUUACCCGAUGCGACAUAUCAGAACUACAAUAUUGCAGCAACCCAAAGAUAUUCAUCAGGGCCAUCUCCUGCUCCUCUUAUGUACACAUUUCCAAAUGUACCUCAAUUCGCCAACCAGCAAGCCAUGGGCCAACCUUUCCAAAAUAUGCAGUAUAGUAUGGGGUAUCAGGGGCAGUAUCAGGGAGUGUAUGGACCAGGUCAAACACCGCAAUCUCACCUACAGCAAUCUGCUCCUGGCAAUGGUAAUCAAUUCUACCAAGGCCAGGGCUUCUUGAACCAACAGCAGCAGAUGAACCCACCUUUCAUGAUUCAGUCUAGCCAGUACGGCAUUCAAGGUCAGGUUUAUCCAAUUUCUUCCUCCGGAUCAUACGGUGCAAGAGGCGGCUUCUUGGGAGAAGCCCGACAACCAGGUCAGCCGCGUGCAAACGAGUAUCUCAGUGGUUCUUCGACUGGCGGCACUCCGGGAAGAGCUAGCAGCAUAGGGUCCAGCUCUGCCCAAUCUUCUGUUGUCAGAGGACCUCCUCGAAAGCCUCGUCAAAGCGGCCACGCGAUUUGGAUAGGGAAUCUGCCACCACAGACUGGUUUAAUGAGUUUGGUUCUCCAUGUGUGCAAAGAAGCAGUUGGGCUCCAGUCCCUGUUCCUCAUUUCAAAAAGCAACUGUGCGUUCGCAAAUUUCAAGGAUGAGGCAGCAUGUGCUGCUGCGCAAGUUAAGAUACACGAUUCUCGGUUCCAGACGGUCAGGCUAGUAAGCCGAUUACGACGAAAUUCUGUUGGAACGGCGGCUGGUGUGACUGUCCCAACUGGCCCAGCAGCCCUCACUCCGCCCUCAAACCCAACAGUGGCCCGCAGUACCACGCCAGAUAGCGACACAAAAUCCAAGGAAGGAGAAGAAGAGGCUACUGAGUCUAAGACAACAGAUGAGACUAGCGGCUCAAGCGGAGCCAAAGACAAGUACUUCAUUGUGAAAAGUUUGACUGUAGAAGAUCUGGAGCUGAGUGUACGGAACGGUAUUUGGGCUACUCAAUCUCACAACGAAGAAGCCUUGAAUAAGGCAUACCAGACCGCGGACAAUGUUUACUUGGUCUUUUCUGCCAACAAAUCUGGCGAAUAUUUUGGGUAUGCGAAAAUGAUAUCUCCGAUCAACGACGACCCAGCGGCAGCCAUCGAAUUUGCACCGAAAGCUCAUACAGUUGAAGACCCGGAAUUACCAAAGGCUAUACCAACCCCUGCGUCGGAGUAUGCACCUAAAGGACGCAUCAUAGAUGAUUCAGCACGAGGCACUAUAUUUUGGGAGGUAGAGCGAGACGAGACUGAAGGCGCAGAUGAAGAAGAUGAGAGUCAAAGCAAUCGAAGCGAUGAGGAUCCAGACUCGAAAGCAUCAUCGAAGGCCUGGGGUAAGCCAUUCCAAGUAGAGUGGGUAUCUACAACCCGCCUGCCAUUUUACCGAACGAGAGGACUACGAAAUCCUUGGAACUCAAAUAGGGAGGUCAAAAUUGCACGCGACGGCACUGAAUUGGAAGGGGCUGUUGGGCGGAGACUCCUCAGUCUAUUCCAUCGAAUACCGAGCCCAGUUGCACCCAACAUGCCUGCAAUGGGAUCAUACCCACAAAUGCGCCAGUUCCAGUAAUCUACUGGAUGUACAUGUAGCUCUUCCAUUGCUGGUCUUUGCCAGGAGCUUCUACUUUACUUCUUCACGAAGGUGUUUACUGAGAAACGACACUAUGGUAACGAUUCGCCACGACCUAUAUUGCAGAGGAAGGCCGUAUGAGGAAUGUAUUUAGGAUCAGAAUAAGCUUGAAGCUUAACUUGCAUUGGAUGUAUUGUAAUUUUUCUGCAUACACUUACAUACAUAGCGCGAGGAACAGUAUUUGUAGACUUAGCCGAGGACUUAAUACUUGUUGAAACCUGGAUUGGACUUGAUACUUGCGGCCAUGUGCAACUGUGAGCUUCGUCGAUUUCUCAAAUCAUCAGUUCCUCUUCUGCGAACUGAUUGGAAGGCGAUCGACGAGUUUCACGUACAAUAUCGACUUUUCUUCUGGUGGGGAUUUCAACAAAUUCUCCGGAUUGCCCCAAAUGUUCUGGCAACCGAGGAUCCGGUAGGCCGUUCUGUUCCUGGCGCCGGUUGCUUAGAGUUCCUUCUGUUCUAUUCAAGUUGUAUGUAUACACCCUACUUUAGCGUACCGAGAUUCUGGCUUUGGGGCCGACCAAAUCUCGCAAAUGUCGGGAAGCCGCUCACAGCCCGGGGAACUGCUCGGAGAUACAAUCUUGGAGUGAAGAAGCUAUCUAUUUGGAAUACCACGUCUGGUGCCAAUCCUCACUAAUUGUCCCUCUUCCUCAGUCUCAGUCACUUGGGGUGGGUGUGGAUAUCAGGGUCAGUACGAGCCAAUCAGAUCACGAAACCAUAUUUUGCCCCUUAUGACGAGGAUAGUGGCCGACAGAAUCUAAAGCAGCGCUACAAACCUGCAAACCUCAUGUAAAUAAUGCAUGAAUAAGUAUUUCCUAAUGCCCUUGUAAUAUAUUGUGGAAGAAUGAUGCGAUUGAGAGACACAAAGAGAAAGUCAAGGCUGGUGGAGCCAUGACGUGGGGACAGAAAAUCAAGAGCAGGGGCGAGGGAUCGAUGGAUCGAUUGUGGUGGCGUUGUGGAGAUGGAAUCGCAGCGAGGGGAUAGUCUGUCACAAAUUGGAACGCUGCGGUUUUAGUUGUGGCGGUGCGAGUCUUAGCGAUUCUCGGUUGUUUUGAUUGGAGAUGGGAAAAGCGGCGACAGACGAAAUUAAGCGAAAUUUCUAGAAACACGGAACCGACAUUCUAGGAAGCUUCAAAA